AAAUCUAUUGAUAGCGAUAUAGAAAAUUUUGGUGAAUGCAAAAAACUAGUUUUUGUAAAACUAAAUAAAGUUUUAUAUAAACUUAAUAGUAUUGAAAAUAAAAUCGACAUGCUAGAUGAGAAAAUGCAACGUUCUAAUUAUUCCAGCCAAGAAGAGAUUGUUAUACAACUGCCUAUAACAACAUUUGAAGAAUUAACAACUUUUGAAGAAGAAUUAAAAGAUGUUAAUUUCAAAGAUAAAGCGAUUAAUACGUUUCAACUUGUGGGUGGAAGUACAGCACACAUAAUGAUACGUAACAUUUUAAAAAAAGCUGUGACAAAUAAUUUGGCACAGCAUUUUAGCUGGGCUGGAAAAAAAGCUAAAAAAAGCUUUCAAGAUUUAGGACUUGCAAGAAUAAUUAUACAAGCUAUUCGUACAACACAUAAACAUAUAAGUGACACCGAAAUUGGCGCAACUAUUGCCAAGUGGCUAGCCCAAGCUGCUGUUCGAAUUGAGAGAGCAAAAUCCUUAACAGGAAAGGAAAUCAGCCUCGUUAAGUUUAUAAUAUUUAUAAUGCUC